AUGAUAAAUGUUGUGUUGCCAAAUAACCCACUUGAAGAGUUUGGAGAAGGUGCUUUUAGUAUAUCGCCCAGAAUAAAAUCGGUUGUUCUUGGUGGCACAACUAAACUCCCCAAAGACACAUUUAAAAAUUGUGCAGCAAUUGAUGCAGUGAAUGGACUUGAUCGGAUUAUUUCAUUUGGUGAAAGUUGUUUUAAGGGGACUUCAAUCACUAAUUUCAUUUUUAAUGACAAUGUUGAAAUGAUCGGAUCACGAGCUUUUGCAUUAACAAAGAUAAGCAAUAUGAAACUUCCAGAGAGUCCGGUUACAGAACUUGGGAAUGCAAUUUUUGAAAAAUGUACUUCUUUGUUCCACAUAGAUUUCGGAGGUAGUACAAUUAUUCCACAAAACACGUUCUCAGGGUGUGAACAACUUUCACUUUUGACGGGGACUGAAAAAGUUACAAGUGUCGAGGAAAAUGCAUUUAAAAACACUCCGAAACUUGAAUCAAUCAAUUUGUACGCACUACUUACAUCUUUACAAGACACUCUUCCUUCACAAAAGAAUCUGUUUUUCUAUGGGAACGAACAACCAAAAACUUUGGCAAAAAUAAAUCAAGGGCUGAGAAUUUUCGUCACAAAUAAUUACAUUAACAGUAAGUUUGGAGAGGUUCAAGUCACGAAACUGAAUUGCACAUCACUUCAGUUUGUAGACCUUAGUGUUGAACCACCAACUUGCAAAGAUUGUGGAGACAAGAAGGCGACUUUGGAUGGAGACAACUACAUGUGUGACAUCGACAUGACUCAAUGCCUUGCAACACAUGAAAAAUGUCAAAUUUGUAUUGGUGAAAAGUGCAAGAAGUGUGAAGAAAAACUUUUAGUAGACACUGUGAAGGAUGUGUGUGACCGAGUGUCCAGAUGGAUACUAUGA